GGAGGGCAGAGAAUGGGCUUGAAUCAACAUUCAACUGCAACAAGAAGGCCGCUUUCUCCUCCUUCCUCCUCUCCCCGUCCCCCUUCCUCGUCUUCUUCUUAUUCCUCAACCACCGCCUCGCUACCCUUCUGCAGAAUCAUACUCCUUUCUCCAGUUCUCCUAAUCACCUUCUUCCUUCUCUUCAGCAGCGGCAGAAACACGACCAUCUUCUCACCUGCAGGGCUCCCCUGCUCUUUCACUCCCGCCUUCAAGACUCCCCACAACUGGACAGGGGAUUUGCGGUUCGCGCAGUUCGCUUGGAACAAGCUCUGCUUCGGCCAAACCAGGGAGAGGCUCCGCCUCGCCGUCUUCUCCAAGAAAUGGCCGGUUGGCUCUGCUCCCGGCGGCAUGGAGCGCCACGCGCACACCCUCUACUCUGCGCUGGCGCGCGCAGGGCACACUGUUCACGUUUACACCGUGGCGGCCAUUGGGAAGUCCGGAAGCCGGCGCGUGGACCACAUCGUUGACGGGGAGCUUCACCUGCACCUAGCGUCCAACGACGCAGGGAUGCUGGACGUGUCGACGGCGUGGAAGCUGUUCGUCGCCGAGAACCGCAGCCAGCCCUUCCACUUCGUCCACACCGAGAGCGUUGCCCUGCCGCACUGGCGAGCUCGCCUGGUGCCCAACCUGGCGGCGACGUGGCACGGCAUCGCUUACGAGGGCCUCCACUCGGAGCUUUUCCAGGACCUCCUCCGCGGCCCCCGUGAGCCCCGCUCCGACCGGGACGAUGGCCGGCUCCGGGACGCCCUUCCCAAGCUCCUAGAUGAGGUCCGCUUCUUCUCCGGCUACCGGCACCACAUCGCCAUAAGCGACAGCGCCGGCCAAGUGCUCGUGAACGUCUACCAGCUGCCCAAGGAAAACGUCCACAUCAUACUCAACGGCGUUGACCACGACAGCUUCCACCACGACCCAGAGGCGGGGGCGAGAUUUCGGCUAGAAUUCGGGGUGCCUCACGACGCCGGCCUCGUGAUGGGAGUCGCCGGCCGGCUGGUCAAGGACAAGGGCCAUCCCCUACUCUACGAGGCCUUCUCCGCCAUCAAGGAGCGCCACCCGCACGUAUACCUGCUGAUAGCAGGGGCAGGGCCGUGGGAGAAACGCUACAGGGAGCUGGAGCCCAACGUGAAGGUGCUCGGCGCCAUGGACCCCUCCCGGCUCGCCGAGUUCUACAACGCGCUCGACGUAUUCGUGAACCCGACGCUCAGGCCGCAGGGCCUGGACCUCACCCUGAUGGAAGCCAUGCACUGCGGGAAGCCGCUGCUGGCCACCAAUUUCCCAAGCAUAGCCGGGACUGUGGUGCUGAAUGACGGCUUCGGCUACACCUUCGCUCCCAACGUGAAGUCCUUAACGGAGGCGAUGGAGUCGGCCAUCAGAGACGGACCGGAGGAGCUGGCCAGGAAAGGGGAGGGAUGCAAGCAGUACGCCAUGGCUAUGUUCACUUCUCGAAAAAUGGCUUCUGCCUAUGAAAGGUUCUUCCUCUGCAUGAAAGAUGUAAAAUAUUGCCAGUAUCCCCUAGACAUCGAUCAUUGUUAAAUUUUUCUUUUUCUUUUAUUUUUUGUUUCAUUGUUAUAUUAUGCGCACCUGCAAUGAGAUCCAAGAUUCUCUGUAUUUGUAAGAACGUGCUGAUACAGUUAAUUCAAAAUCGAGAGAUUCUAG